GGAUGAAUCUUCUCAUUGUUGCUCUCCUCGUUGCCUACGCGACUGCGACAUCUCCAGAAGAUGUCAAGAAGAACGCUGUAGCAGCAUUGGAACAUGCUCCACUUGGCACAACCCCAGAGAAGGAUCAUAUCGGCAGGGACUUCUACAAACACUACUUCACGAAACACCCAGAGGUUCGCAAAUACUUCAAAGGUGCUGAGAGCAUCACUUCCGAUGAAGUCGACAAAAGCGACAGGUUCAAGAAGCAGGGGACUAGACUGCUCACGGCCGUCCAUGUUCUUGCUAAUACCUACGACAAUGAUGCGGUCUUCCGCGCAUUCGUUCGAGACCUCAUACACCGCCACUCCGACAAGGGAAUCGAUCCUAAAGAGUGGAAGGAGAUCUGGUCGAGCAUUGAAAGUUUCCUCGAAACCCGCGGAACAUCACUGACUGCUGAACAGAAGGCUGCAUUGGAGGCGAUCGCCAACAAAUUCAAUGAGGAAGCUCAGAAAGAUCUCGCAGCCCACGGACAUCCUCACAAGAACGCUGUAACAGCCUUGGAACAUGCUCCACUUGGCACAACCCCAGAGAAGGAUCAUAUCGGCAGGGACUUCUACAAACACUACUUCUCGAAACAUCCAGAGGUUCGCAAAUACUUCAAAGGUGCUGAGAGCAUCACCUCCGAUGAAGUCGACAAAAGCGACAGGUUCAAGAAGCAGGGGACUAGACUGCUCACGGCCGUCCAUGUUCUUGCUAAUACCUACGACAAUGAUGCCGUCUUCCGCGCAUUCGUUCGAGACCUCAUACACCGUCACUCCGACAAGGGAAUCGAUCCUAAAGAGUGGAAGGAAAUCUGGACAAGCAUUGAAAGUUUCCUCGAAACCCGCGGAACAUCACUGACUGCUGAACAGAAGGCUGCAUUGGAGGCGAUCGCCAACAAAUUCAAUGAGGAAGCUCAGAAAGAUCUCGCAGCUCACGGACAUCCUCACGUUUGA